UAGCUGAAUAUUAUUUUUCAAUAUUUUUCAAAGUGCAUCCAUUUUUCUAAAUAUCAUUCGAUAUUUUGUAAAAUUUGGGCUAUUUUCUACUUUAGACCACAGUUACUUAAGAGAGAAGAAAACGACGAAAACGAACGACGAAACGAAAUCCAUGCAGAUAGACGAAAUCCAGGCGACUCUAAAUCCUCAAAGGACAUUAACAAAAUUGUCUUUUUUGGUGGGUGGGGUGAAAAAGGAGAUUACGCCCCCCCCCAAUAAUUGGCAUACAAAAAAUUAAAGCAUUAUGCAAAAAAUAAUAAUAAUUUGGCAAAAUAAUGCAUGCAAAUUCACUGGUGUUACGCUUUAUUAGUAACCAUUUAACAAAUAUUUCUGCCAUUUUUCACAGAUGCAUGUCACCUUUGUGUUAAGCAGGGUUCAUCUGGCUGAAAUCGUACAGCUAUAAAGCAUGCAUUUGUUCAUUAGAUGUUUCGCUCGUAACCGUUGCAAAAACUGGUUGACCACUUAAGCUUAUUAUCGUCCACACAAAAUACAACCUUGAAUCCUGCUUGGCGAUAUGUAAUGGUAUCUGUGUACAGAUACGCCGACCUCAUUGCAUGGAAAUAAACAGACCUCUCAUCUCAUGAAAUAUCCCACGUUAUUGAUAUAAGUCUGUUAAAUGUAUCGUGUACACUGUGAAUCUUACAUUAAUCUGUGUACUCCAAACAUAGAUUUAUAUAAGCGUUUCUGACAAUUUAUAAGGGAAGUUCUGACAGAUUUUCUAACAGUUGUCGGUUGAUUGUGGACAUAUCUAGUACAAGUAUCAAGCAAUCCAUUUAUUUUUGCGAGAAAAUUUGAAACCCACCAGUACAUAAAUAAAUACAGCACACGUGCAUAUGUGACUAUAAUACAACCUGAUCGGUAUCAAUUAUUACGUGAAGCUAAGUCCAGAGACCAUUUUUUUGCAGCAUAAUUAGUUGUUGAUAGGAUUGGAAAAUUAGUGGAAAAAUGAUUUCCGGAACAGUUUUACUUCUUGGAGCGUUUGUCGCACUCAUCUAUUUUGUGUUCUUAAAAAAACCAAAAUGGAAAAACGCCCCGCCUGGUCCAAGCGGCUUUCCUGUGGUCGGCAACUUGUUCCAAAUGGAUAAGCAUAAUCACUUGUCAUUCACAAAAUGGGCAAAAGAGUAUGGACCGAUCUGCAAAAUUGACUUGGCCAGUAUGAGGAUGGUCAUUGUGUCAGAUUAUAAACUGGUGAAAGAAAUCUUUGCUGAGCCUGCAUUUUCUGGGCGGAUGGAUUUCUCGAACAUAGAUUUCAUUAUGGAUGGAAAAGUUCACGGACUUGCGAACACUGAAGGCGAACAUUGGGAAGAACUGCGAAGAUUUACUCUCCGACAACUUCGCGACUUCGGAUUUGGCAAAAACACGAUGGAGGAAUCCAUCAUGACAGAAGUUACCGAGCUUAUCGAUGGUUUAAAAGAGCACGGUGAAAAACCGUUGGAGGAUAUUAAGCUAAAAUUUACCCUCGCCGUGGUAAAUUCAUUGUGGUCACUGUGUACGGGAAUCAAGUACAAGCAGAAUGACGAGGAGUUAAUUAAAAUGACCGAGGACGUUAACAAAGCAUUUCACGAGGUACAAGAAGGCGGCAGUAUAAUUUUGUUCAUGCCGUGGUUGACUAAAGUAAUGCCGGUCUGGAGCGGCUAUGAAAAAGUAAAACGAGAAAUUCUUAAGAUGGCAGAUUCUUGCAGAAAACCGAUGUUGGAUCACAAAAAGACGUAUCACGAAGAUUUUGACAGAGACUUUACUGAUGUGUUCCUAAAAGAAAUCAGGAAAACUACUGAUCCUAAUUCUGCAUUCAUGGGGAAACUUGGAGAGGACAAUCUUGUGGCCACUCUUGGUGACUUGUUCUUCGCUGGAACGGAUACCACUGCCUCCACACUCGCGUGGAUGAUGCUGUACCUCAGCAAAUUCCCUGAGGUGCAGAGAAAGUUUCACAAGGAAAUUGAAACCACUACCGGAAAUUCAAGGAUGUGCGCCAUAUCAGACAGACCAAACAUGCCAUACACUGAAGCCGUGAUUGCUGAGACGCUUCGAUUUUCUUCCAUUACACCACAAGGAUUGGGACACAAAGCGAUGAAAGACCAAGAAUUUCACGGUUAUCUGAUACCAAAAGACACGAUAAUAACUGCAAAUAUUUUCCACAUUCAUUUCGACCCAACAAUUUGGGGCGACCCUGAGAACUUUCGCCCAGAAAGAUUUUUGAGCCCAGAUGGAAAGACGUUUAAGAAGCACGAAGCUCUGUUACCGUUUUCAAUCGGGAGGCGACAAUGUCUUGGAGAGACUUUGGCAAGGGACAGCCUUUUCCUCUUCGCCACAAAUGUCGUACAACGGUUUAAAAUUGAAUUUGACACCAAAGGCCCGGAUCACGGGUUUGAGCCAGUCAUUUCUUUUAUUCUUACACCGAUGCCAUUUAAUCUGAUCCUUAAGGAUCGCUUAGCAUAAUUACAAAAUAUGUAUUACAUGGUUAAAGUGACAUAAAUAUUUGAUUGUUUUGUAUUUACUGUAUGUACCAUCAGACUAGUUGUAAAAUAAUAAAGAUGUACACUAAUUCUCGA